AUGGCACACAUCCACUUUCAACAACUGCAGCAUAUUACAGCUGCCGACAAGCUUCACAAAGGAAAUAGGUAUGCGCCCGAUGACGUAGCUUAUCUGUACAAAGCAAUGCAAGACCAAGGCGUGCUCCUAGAUCAUCUUUACCUCGCUCCCGGCAUGACGGUCAUGGUUACCAAGAACCUGUCGGCCCCAAAAAUCGAAAACGGUGCCUUAGCUAUCGUGCAAGAACUCACCGAAUCCAUACUGUCACUCCAGCUUUUGGACUCCCAAACCAUAAUCCGCCUGCCAAGGAUAUGCGAGGUCAAAUACAAGAAUGGUGCCAAGCUUGAACACAAAAUGUACCCGGUCGUGCCUGCUUUUGCAAGAACUGUACACAAGGUGCAGGGCGAUACCAUGACGGAUCCCGUCAUUAUUGACUUUACAAACAUGAACUGA